GUUUUUAACAAAACAGAAAGCCAUGUGGUGUUCGUCUUGUAGAAAUCAUUUUGCAUAAAAGUUAAUUAGGUUCUUUAUAAUUCGAUAAACCUCUAAAAUGGGUAAAAAACAGAAAGUUGGAAAGGCCCGUAAAGACAAGUUCUAUCAGUUAGCGAAAGAAACAGGUUACAGGUCCCGUGCCUCAUUCAAGUUAUUACAGCUAAACAGAAAGUUUGAGUUCCUACAGAAAUCACGAGUUGUGAUAGAUUUAUGUGCUGCACCAGGUGGCUGGCUACAAGUUGUCUCAGAGAAUACACCAAUAUCCAGUAUUAUACUAGGUGUUGAUUUGGUUUCUAUAAAACCUAUUAAAAACUGUAAAACAUUUCAAGAAGAUAUUACUACUGAGAAAUGUAGACAGACACUUCGUAAAGAAUUACAUAAUUGGAAAGCUGAUUGUGUAUUGAAUGAUGGAGCUCCCAAUUUGGGUAAAAGUUGGAUUCAUGAUGCUUUUCAACAAGUAUCUUUGACACUCCAUGCUGUAAAAUUAGCUACAGAAUUUCUACGUAAAGGUGGUUGGUUUAUUAGUAAAGUGUUCAGAUCAAAAGACUAUAAUUCCUUGAUGUGGGUUUUACAACAACUAUUUCAACAUGUACAUGCUACUAAACCUCAAGCCUCCAGAACAGAAUCUGCUGAGAUCUUUGUCGUCUGCCAAGGUUUUCUGGCUCCCUCUAAGAUUGAUCCUAAAUUCUUUGACCAUAAAUACGUGUUUAAAGAAAUAGAAGAAGAAAAGAAAUCUGCUUUUGAUUUGUCACAUCCUGAGAAAAAGAAAAGAAAUCGUGAAGGUUAUGAAGAGGGAGAUACAUUAUACCAUAAAUUAUCUGUUACUGAAUUCUUUAAUGCUGAAAACCAUCUAGAAACAUUAGCAAAUGCAUCAGAGGUUAUUUUAGAUGAUGAUAAAAUCACUAACCAUCCUCUAACUAUUGGUGAAAUUAAAGAAUGUUUAAAAGAUAUCAAAGUUUUGGGCAGGAAAGAAAUAAAUGAUGAUAUUACUAGUAAAAAGAAGAAAGUACAAUUUGAAAGUAAUGUUGAUAGUGAUGAUAGUGGUGUGGAAGAAAGUGACAGUUCUGAUGGUGAUGAUAGUGAUUCUGAUAGUGAUUCAGAUUAUGGUGAUAUGGAAGCUAACCAGUUAGUAUCUAAUACAGCUGUUCCUGGAGAUACUAAUAAUUCUACUAGUCCACAGAAAAAGAAGAACAAAAAGUCUAAAAAAGAUGAUUUUGAAGUCGUCCCAGUUGAAGGUAAGGUCGAAAGAUUCAUUUUCUUGAAUUCACUAAUGCAAAACCUUUGCGACUAA